AUGUCUUGGGACGACGAAGCUAUCAAUGGUUCUAUGGGUAAUGAUGAUGUCGUUUUGAUGGACUCAUGGGAUGCUGAACUUGGUGAUGAUGAACCAGUCAUGCAAUCUUGGGAUGCAGAAGAGGAAGAAAAGAAGCCUGCUCCUAAAGCCAAAAAGGAACAACCAAAAAAGGCUAAAAAAACCAAAGAGACCUCCACUGACAAAGUUUUAUUGGAUAUUGACACAUUGGACGAGAAGACACGUAAAGAACUAAUCAAGAAGGCCGAAAUGGAGUCUGAUCUAAACAAUGCUGCUGACCUUUUUGCUGGCUUAGGUGUUGCCGAGGAACAUCCAAGAGCACGUGCUUUACAGAAGGAACAAGAGGAACAAGCUCUAAAGAGACCCGCCUUCACAAAGGAUACACCUAUCGAAACCCAUCCUUUGUUUAAUGCAGAAACAAAGAGGGAGUACCAAGAUUUAAGAAAGGCCUUAUCUGCUGCUAUUACACCCAUGAACAAGAAAUCACCACUGAACUACUCUUCGUCAUUAGCCAUUGAUUUAAUCAGAGAUGUAGCAAAACCAAUGUCUAUCGAAUCUAUUAGACAGACUGUCGCUACUUUGAACGUUUUGAUCAAAGACAAGGAAAGAGAAGAAAGACAAGCUCGUUUGGCCCGUGUGAGAGGCGGUACUGCCACUGGUGGUGCCGGUAAGAAAAAGGUCAAAGGAAAAACCAAUUUGGGUGGUGCGUUCAAGAAAGAUCAAGACUUCGACCUAGAUGGCCCCGACGAUUUUGAAUUCGGUGAUGACGACUUCAUGUAA